CACAGCACAAGUAAUGAAACACAAACAUUAUCUGACCAUACAAAAAUACAAAAAUGGCUCUCUCAUAUAUCUCUGCCUCUUUCGUGAUAGUUUCUCUAUUAUCGAUCUCCUUCACGUUAACAAGCGUGAGAGCUGAUUUGAUAAACGAUGUUUGCUCAAAAGCACUGAAACCUGCUAUAUGUUUAUCGACAUUAAAUGGAGAUCCACGAUCCAAAGGUGCAAAUCUCGAAGGCCUCGCAACUAUCUCCAUAGACAUAUCACUAAAGAACGCACAAUCCACACGUGGUCUUGUUAAUUCGUUGCUUAAACAGGCGACAGAUCAACAAGCAAAGACACGAUACAGCUCGUGCUUGGAGAAUUAUAAUGAUGCUAUUGAUGAACUUGGAGGAUUACCAAGUCUUUUGAAGUCUAAGGACUAUAGCGGUUUGAAUAUUCAUGCCUCCGCGGCUUCAGAUGGUCCUUCUACGUGUGAUGAUAAUUUUACUUCUGAAGAACCUCAACUGAAAGCUGCCAGUGAAAAGCUUCAAGGAAUUAUUAGUAUUAUUUUGGUUAUCAGCAAUCUAUUGAAAGGGUGAUACAUAGAAACUUAUGAAUUUAUGUAAGAUGAAGUUUUCGAAAUUUAAGAAAGUGAUUAAAUCAUAAAUUUAUGUUUCUCUUCUCUAA